AUGAGCAUCCCUGUCACGAACCUACUGGACAACCCAGUUGAUGCCCGUCAUAUCUUUCCAGGCAACGUCGACAGGAGUCUUCCUGUCACGAACCUACUGGAGUACCGUGUUGAUGCCCGUUAUGUACGUUUCCUGCCUCAGACCUGGCAUGGAAAGAUGGUCAUGAGAGUGGAGAUUGCCGGCUGCAACAAAACAUGUUCAGUUACGAAGCACGUAGAGGGUGAAACUCCGACCUGGGACCUUCCCAAGGUCAUCACAUCGCCCUUCAUCUUCGAGGUCAAGGUCAACACCAGCGGCAGUGGGUCCGGCCUCAUCUACCUCUACCAGUGGGGUGACGACACAACGGAGAAUCAGGACGCGUAUCGUGUUGAGCUCAGAUCUGGACAGUCACAGAUAGUGAGGACCCCAAGGGACGCAGGCAGAGAAACCGUUGCGAGUUAUCAUUCGACAGAUGGAUUUCCCGGAGUGUGUGUUGACCCACCGACCCAAGCCAACACUACCGGGCCCGUGUGCGACUGUCCUUAUCUGCCUGGGGAGAACUGUACCUACACGUGUUUCCAAGGAUAUCACGUCACUUCCGGUGACACCAUAACAAGAACAUGCACAGCAGACGGGUCAUGGACAGAACCGGAGCUUUUCUGUCAAGAUAAAAACGAGUGUCUCACUUUGAACGGCGGUUGUAGCCAAACCUGCACUAACACUGUAGGAAGUUACAAAUGUUCCUGUAGUGAAGGGUUCGUACUGGACGGAGACGGACACACCUGUGCAGAUCUUGAUGAAUGCCUCAUCAGAAAUGGCGGCUGUGGCCAAGUCUGUAACAACGCUGUAGGGCAUUACAGCUGUGCGUGUAGGGAAGGUUUCAGCCUAGACGGUUUCUUACAUAACUGUAACGAUGUUGACGAGUGUUCUACUAAGAAUGGCGGCUGUAGCCAAUUCUGCACCAACACGAUAGGAAGCUACAACUGUUCCUGUAGUGGAGGGUUUGUGAUGGGCUGGGACGGACAUAGCUGCGUUGAAAUGUCAACAACAAAAUCAACUACAACACAACAGACUACAACGCCAACUACAUCCCCUGUUCCACCAAACAGCUGGUUACUGACCCAACAACAGACCAGCACAGCUCGUCUGACGGACACUUCCACCGUGUUCACUACAGACGUGAUGCCUACAACCUCUACAACAACCGUCAAAACGACAACGCGCUUCGUCUUCGGAGAUAUCGAUGGGGAAUCAUCUGAUUAUUCGGAAGACGAAGCUUCCAACAUGUCGCCCAUGACCACACUCCUCACAUUGCCGCCCAGUACAGCCGAGCCGACAUCUCCACCUCCUGUUUUCGCCACCACUCAAGAAUCGUCAACCCAGGCGCACUUUCUGAUAGAGGAGGAGAUCCCUGUUCUUAUCAAGACUCUCAAUAAGAAAGUGAACCACUUCAGAGCUCAGAGCAGUAGUAGGAAGACCGUUGCUAUGGAGACGACCUUUGACCUUUCCUCUGGUGUAACAGAUGAGUUAAAGAAAAUGAUAGACGUCAGGUCUACAGACAAAUCACCUAUGGAGCAGCUGAUACAGGAGAAAAAUGAGAAAGAACGUUUAAAAUCUCGGGUGAUGAGUGAAACAAGAGAUCUACUGGAGCUACUGGAUGCGGCAGCAGAUAAACUGUUGGAAGAUACACCAGCGGAAGUUGAAGGGACGUACAUCCGGUCUGACGGUGUGCUCACGGCCGUGAAGAAGGGUAUCCCUGAUGUCGGUACCGUUCCUAUCAGUCAGGAUGUCGGCUCCAUCGUGUUUACAAAGGAGGACAACCUUCCGGAGGUUUCCACUAUGAAGGUCGUGGCAUUUGUCGAGGAUCCAUUCGUGUGGAGUGUAGAGAAAACUAAUGUGACCUCAUCGGUUGUCAUGGUAACAAUCACCAAAGAGAAGGAUCUACCUGACGCAUCAAACCUACAGCCAAACAUCACCGUCGUCGUGAAGCAGAGAGUCCAGUUUGGGACCACGAGUGACACAGAAGAACAGUAUCAUGACACCCUGCCGACAUCAUACAGGCAGAACCUUGAUGAUGCAGGUAGAUCCUUCCCUCUGACCAAGGUUUCCAGUCGUGACACCAACAUGAAGCAUCACGCCAUGUACAUCGCCGAUGGAGGCCAGGUGCCCCUGCUCAGAUUCUCAGUCGAUGACGUCGACACGGAGCUGCAGGUGUACUUCCGGUUUCACGACUUCCCAACUGAAGAAAAAUACGACUACACAACAACCGUCAAACCUCCCGAAGUCACUGACUAUCGCGGUUUCGAUAUGCCGUUUGGUCUCGUUUACUCCAAUUUCAGUACAUCAUUUGUUCCGGAGAUCAGAAUGGAGCGCGGAUGGCUCAUGGUUGGGGUGAAGAAAAAAGGUGGAGAUCAAUCCCAUGGUGGUUUUAGACGGCUCCUGACGUCAGCGGUCCUUCGGACCCUGCCCCCUGCAGGUCGUGACGUCAUCCCUGCAGGUUUCACACUGCUGACUGCUGCAGUCUCCUGUCUGAUGCGGGAAAACGAGAACCAGACGUGGGACAACCGCCGCUGCCAGAGCCACAUCGCUCUACAAACCGCAGUGGCCGACAGCAUUGCUCUUGGACAAGCAGCAAAGCUCGCCAAAGCAAACUCCAACAUGGCCAUUGUUCCCAAAGUCUCCACAAUCCCAUCAGAUGUUCCCGGUGCGGACUACGUCUACGUCGUGUCCGUCCGUACGGGAACCCAGCCUGAUGCCGGCACGGCGUCUGUGGUCGGGCUGAUGAUCACAGGGUCAGAGAGCAGGACAGCCAUGGUCACUCUCAACCCUGCAGGCCUGAUCCUAGCCAGAGGAGGUGACACGUACCACAUCAUGACGACACCGGCCUCCAUCGGCGAGCUCCAGUCUGUACAGGUCUGGCACGACAGCUCCGGGAAGGGCGCCAUGGAGUCACUCUUCAUAGACAACGUCAAGGUCUGGGACGUACAGACAUCACAAGGAUUCAGUUUCCCUUGUUACUCCUGGCUGUCCUCUCGUAAAGGAGACGGUAGGACAAUAAGGACCUUGCAGGCAGCUGAUGGAGAAAAGCGCAUGUCCGAGUAUACCCUGCCGACGUUUCUGUACCUUCUGUACGACGACCAUCUGCUCCUGUCAGCCGUGUGCAACUCCGGUGUGAGGCACUUCAGCCGGGCGCAGCGCCUGGUUUGCUGCCUGGCUCAGACCACCCUGUGGAUGGUGGGCAGCGCCAUGUGGUACGGGGUCAAACUGGGUGCACACGAUGUCAUUUUGUUCGACGCUGGAGUCAUCACUCUCCGUCUAUCGGAACUGAUUGGUACUGCAGCUACAUCCUUCACAGUGUUCCUGCCAGUGUACGUCAUCCUCGUGCCGAUGUUUCGCAAGCAGCCUGCGUUGGAGGAUCAGAUUCCUCCUGGAGUGAUGAAAAAGCCGACAUCUCAAACGACCCGCCGGUUUCCUUACACGACGGUGGCGUGGAUCCUCGCCAUCCUGACGUCUGUCUGCAGCAGCUUCUUCGUCAUCGUGUACAGUCUGCAGUUUGGAGCUGAGAGAAGCCAGGCCUGGCUAAAGGAAUUCGUCCUGGCAUUCUUAUUCUCUACGUUUCUGCUGGAGCCUGUUCAGAUUUUUCUGACUGCUUACACAAAGGCAGUCAUCAUCGGACCUAUUGUGUGGUCUGUGACCGCUUGUGCUCGGGGAGUUUUGGGGAAGGAUUUAUCGGACACAGGGCGUUGUCCAAUCGGUGUCCUUAAGAAAAAGAGCAGAGAAUAUACAGUUCCCGCUCGGAGGGUUUUACCACCGGUCCCGAGGAAGACCGACCAUGACCCGAACUGGACCGAAAGGAUGACAACAGGUAGAAACAUCCUGGUGCUCCUGGUGUUUCUGCUCAUCUUCACUGGAAAUGCCUUCUACAUCGGGAUUCUGGGCUUCGACAGACACGCCUACCAUAUCAGGACCUCUAUGGAGAACAGCCUGCUAUCCGAGUAUGAGGAGGUCGCCACAGUAGACGACGCCUGGGAGUGGUUGUCGUCUGAACUGAUCCCGUCUCUCCACCCAGAGCGGGGGUACAGCGGGCAGAAGCUCAGCUGGCUGGACAAACAGUUUCCGGCUGGAACAAACGCGUUCCGGAUCGGUCCUGUUCGCCUGGAGAGAAUCACCAAACAUCCAGGUAAAAAGUGUCUUUGGUCCAAUGUGGAUUAG